GCUGCACUGCACCGUUUCAUCUGCACUGGAUCAAGGUGGACGCCGAGAGUUGAGAGUUGAGAGAGUGAAUCUGUUCGUUCGUUUUUUCAAUCUAUCCAUCCGGUUCAAGCAGCAAAUCGCGCCAGUCCCAUCAUGACAGACGCCCACUCUCCCUUCGACCACGACGGUGACAGUCUGAUGCAGUCUGGCAACUCGUCUCCGAAGCCGAGCACUCCCCACGCUCAGAUCCGCUCUAUUGCAAUCUCGGACCUGUCGCCUCCAAAUUCCCAAGGCGGUCCUCUUCCUCUCGACAUGCCCACGGUCGCUCCUUCGGCUUCAGGCGCAAACAUGAACGGCAAACGUCCCAUCUCGUCCAUCGACCCCUCUCAAGACCUCAAUGGCGGUGUCUCGCUGAGUGCACACAUUCCCACCGAUGCCCAAGUCAGCGCCAACGCUGCCACCACCUACCAGUACACCAAGCCCGAGGACGCACCUGGCUACGCCUGGAAGAACAAGAAGGCUCAAGACGACUUCAACCGCGCCUGGGAAUCGCUUGUAGACAAGAACCGUAUCAUCGGCAACAGGUACGGCGAUCCUUUUGCCAUGGCCGAUCGCGAGCUCUCCAUGAUGAACUCGCGCCAACAGUGAUGGCCAUCUCAAGUCUACACUGACGAUC